UAUAAUUCGGAUGGCUAUAAUUCGGAUGGCUACAACUCUGAUGGCUACAACUCUGAUGGCUACAACUCCAAGGGAUACAACUCCAAAGGUUACAAUGCCGACGGUUACAAUGAUCAAGGCUACAAUGAAAACGGCGACUAUGACGAAAAGUACGUAGAA